AUGUCGGCACUGACCACGAAUUUUAGUUCUGGCGCAGGGAGCAGCGGAGGCGGGAACAACAUUAAAGUUGUUGCCCGUUUCCGUCCUCAGAAUAAAGUCGAGCUCGCAAAUGGCGGCCAACCGGUCGUCCAGUUUAUGGGCGAAGACACGGUCCAGCUUCAGUCCUCCGAAACCAAUGCCCCCUUUACCUUCGACCGAGUCUUUGACAUGUCCUCGCAACAAGCCGAUAUAUUCGAUUUCUCCAUAAGGUCAACGGUUGAAGAUGUGAUGAAUGGUUACAAUGGCACCGUCUUCGCCUACGGUCAAACAGGUGCUGGAAAGUCUUAUACAAUGAUGGGAGAUAUGGACGAUGCGGACAAGAAGGGUAUAAUUCCUCGCAUUACCGAGCAGAUAUUCGAUUCCAUCCUCGUUCACGGCUCGGCGCAAAUCGAAUACACCGUGGGCAUCUCCUACCUGGAAAUUUAUAUGGAACGUAUACGAGACUUGCUGAACCCUGUCAUGGACAAUCUUCCCAUAAACGAAGGACCAAGGGGCCCGUACGUGAAAGGACUGCGUGAAAUCUAUGUCAACACGGUGGAGGAAGUCUAUACAGCUAUGCAUCUGGGGCAGAGAUCACGAGUCACCGCAUCUACCAACAUGAAUCUGGAGUCGUCACGCUCGCACUCGAUAUUCUUGGUCACCAUCAAUCAAAAAGAUGUCAACACCGGGUCGCAAAAGAGUGGAAUGCUAUAUCUUGUGGACUUGGCAGGUUCAGAAAAGGUCGGCAAGACGGGUGCGAGUGGACAAACAUUGGAAGAGGCGAAGAAAAUCAACAAGAGUUUGAGCGCGCUGGGAAUGGUCAUCAAUGCUCUGACUGACGGCAAAUCAACACACGUCCCCUAUCGAGACUCCAAAUUGACCAGGAUCCUGCAAGAAAGUUUGGGUGGUAACUCAAGGACAACCCUGAUUAUAAACUGUUCCCCCAGCAGCUACAACGAUGCCGAGACUGUCAGCACCCUGCGAUUUGGUAUGAGAGCAAAGACGAUCAAGAACAAGGCCAAGAUCAACGCCGAGUUGAGUCCGGCGGAGCUCAAGCGCCAGCUCAAACUCGCUCAGAACCAGACCAUGACGUUUGAAAAGUAUAUUGCCUCGUUGGAUUCCGAGUUGCAGCAAUGGCGAAAAGGCGAGACUGUCCCCAAAGAAAAGUGGGUGCCUCCGUUGGGUGGCUCAGGACAAAAAUCGGAAGCCAAAGCAAGACCAGACACACCCUCGAGGGCACCUUCAGAACUUCUCCGGUCAGACACCCCCAGUCGACCCGAUUCUCGGGCUGGCGAAAGAUCAAGUACACCCAGUAUUAUACUCGAGAAAGAUGAGCGAGAGGAAUUUCUACGACGAGAGAAUGAACUUCAAGAUCAGCUUACUGAGAAGGAAACACAGGUCGCUAAUGCAGAGCGAAGCCUUCAAGAGGCUCGAGAGGAGCUCAAAUCAUACAAGGAAGGUGCUAUGCGGACAGCCAAAGAGAACGAGAGCAUGGCAGAUAAACUGAACAAGACACAACUGGAGCUGCAGAAGCUGUCGUACCAGAGCAAGGAAGACGCAAUCACCAUGGAGGGCUUGAAAGACGCGAACUCGGAAUUGGAGGCGGAGCUGAUUUCAGUCAAACAGCAGUUGCUGGACCUCAAGAUGAGCGCCAAAGAGACCACAGCGGCUUUGGACGAAAAGGACCGCAAGAAGAAAGAGAAGAUGGCCAAGAUGAUGGCGGGCUUUGACCUCGGUGAUAGCGCGUUCUCCGAUAAUGAGAAUCGUAUGCGAGAGAUGCUCGAUCAAGUGGACGCCUUGCAUGCCGCCAGCCUCAGUGGCGAAGCUGUACCGAGCCAUCUUCUGGAAGAUCUGCGCUCGAAAUUGUUGGAAUCACAGACGCUAGUCCGACAAGCAGAGAAAUCCCUCAACGACCGUGCCGAGGACGAGCACGAGGACCGAACACUUGGACUGGAAGAGAAACUAGCGGCGGUGCAACAGGAUUAUGAAGAUUUGUUGACUCGAAAUCUUGGCCCGGAAGAUGUGGAGGAUGUCAAAGGACGGCUCGAGCAAUUGUUCUCAGACCGCCAGGAAACGCAGAGCGAACUGGUCCAUGACUUACGAGAUCAACUUACCCACAAGUCCCAAGAAGUCGAACGGUUACAGAAGACCAUUACAGAUCUCCAGUCAAGGGGUGCGGCCAAUGGAGCUGGUGCGGCCAACGGCGGCACGAGCAAGACGUUGCAACAACAAAUCGCCGACUUUGAAUCGAUGAAGAAGAACCUGAUGCGGGAUCUGCAGAACCGGUGCGAGCGGGUGGUGGAGUUGGAGAUUUCACUCGACGAGACGCGGGAGCAAUACAACAACGUGCUCCGCUCGAGCAACAACCGCCAACAGCAGAAGAAGAUGGCAUUCUUAGAGCGCAACCUGGAGCAACUUACGGUGGUACAAAGACAGCUUGUCGACCAGAAUACGAGCCUGAAGAAGGAGGUCGCGAUUGCGGAGCGCAAGUUGAUUGCCCGGAAUGAACGGAUACUGAGUCUAGAGAGUCUGCUGGCCGACAGUCAAGACAAAUUGACAGCAGCGAACCACAGGUUUGAAGCACAACUUGCUGCCGUCAAGGAGCGUCUGGAAGCAGCCAAGGUAUCCUCGAGAAACAUGGCAACUGCUGGGCCUGGAGCGACCGGUGGGUUCAACAGCCUAAUGAACGCUGGUGCACGGAUAGCCAAACCUCUUCGCGGCGGCGGCGGAGCAGCAUCGAAUCUUGAUGGAGCCAAUGGUGCGCCCAGCUUACCCAUUAUCUCGAAUCUGAGCGGAUCAGAAGGCAACAAGCGGAGCAGUUGGUUUUUCAACACAAACCGGUGA